CUAUUGUGGACUCAACCUAAAGAGAACUAGUGAAAUUUUUUGUUAUCAUUGUAUAUUUACAUACAUAGUAGCAUAAAUAAAAUUUUUAUUAACGUUAUAAAAAUUGUAAAGUUAUUGUAGUUAGUUAAAAGUUGUUUUCAAAAUAUAUCUAUAUAUGUAAAUGUUUAAUUAAGAAAUAAUUAUCGACAUAUCAUUUAAUAUAUAUGUAUAUAUAUAUAUACACAAAAUAAAAUAAAAAUGUCUGAGAAUAAUUUAAACAAAUUAAAGGAAAAUAUAGUAAAGGAUGAAUGUACUAAAACAGAUCGUAGUAAUUAUUUUAAUCAAUUAGAGGCAUGGCUACAAGAAGUAUAUUCAUGGCAAAGUGUCAUAGCCAUAUUUCCUCAUUGUUUGGCAUCUAGUCAAGCAUUAAAUAAUACUGCAGGUAUUUCCGUUACAUCAGUUUUUUCUCAUUCAAAUCAACAAAACAAUGAGUCAUUACGAGAGAGAAGGCGAAACAUUCACAACGAACCUUUUCAUCCUUUAAAUGUUGAAGGUUUUGAAUAUCGAAUACCUCCUAUUUGGAAAAGAUUUGUCGCAGAGUCUAUUGAUUCUAUAAUGUUAUUUUUAUUAAAGUUAGCUAUUACUUUUAUUGCAGUCGAUGUUUUUGAUUUCAUAAAUAUUGAACCAUCUGAUAUAGAUCUGCUUCAAAGAAAUUUAAAAAUUGAUUAUAAAAUGGCUGUCGAACUGACAUCUAGUAUUUUAAUAUUAGAACUAGUUCAUCGAGUGAUCGUUUGCAUUUUUGAGGCAUUUUGGCUGCAGCGAGGACUUUACGGGCAUAUUGGUGGUGCGACACCUGGUAAAUCAGUAAUGGGUUUACGAGUUGUGCAAUGUCGCAAUGUCAUUCCCGUUGAACGACCAGAUGGUGAAGUAGUACUUGUUUCUCCGGGAACGGAUCUUGGUUUGCCCUUGGCCCUGGGUCGUUCACUAGUAAAAAAUUUAAUUUUGGCGUUUCUCUUUCCCAUUUGUUUCUCACUUUGUUUCUUCAGAUUUAACCGAACGGGUUAUGACUUGAUUUGUAAUUCGAUUGUUGUUGAAGAUCCUUAUAGAAGCAUUAAUAAUAAUAAUAACAAUAAUACUGUACGCAGGGGUCGUCAAUGAAAAUAUUAAUAGACGGCAAUAAGGGAUAAACCUGUGAAAGUAAUUUUAAAUUAUAAAAUUCUCCUUUAAAUACCAAAUUCCAAAUAAUUGAUGGACUCUAUUAUGCUCUUCCACUUCUCUCACGAUAUAGAAAGCGUUAAUUAAUAAACCAAUUUUCUAACCCA